UGAGCGGUGCGGGACGAGCUCAACAGCGCCCCCCUUCAGCUUGAAAACUUUGCCGUCUCGAAGUGAUUUCCUCCUCUGGUUUUACUUCCUGUUUUCUAAGGGAGUCAUUUAACUCCGAUGGUUUUUGCUCAUCAGGACUUCGCGAUGCGUUUCUUCUUCUCCCGACAGUUUUGACUCAUCUCCCCGCCGGCUUCCCGAGCGCACCGCGAGCCGUAUCGUCACCGGACAUUGUUACAUUUAUAUAUGCCGCCGUAGAUGGAGGUCGGAGGACUGAAGUCGGUCGUGUCCACGUCUCUGAUGGAUUUUACGUAGACUUCUGUUUAUCUUGCCUUUUAUGUCUCUUUUAACCGCCUCGCGAUCGUUUUAUCGUCAUUUCUCGCGUUCGGUUUCCUGUUUCUCCGACUGUGCCGCCUCGACCGCUCCUUGAACUAAGCAACAAUGUAACGAACUCGACCGCUCGUGCAUUGAUCGUCCGCCGAGCCCGAUCGCGCAGACCGCCGCGCGCCUUUAAAGUUUGACGGUAUCGCGUGUCUUUUCGCCAAACUUCACGAUGGCCGAGCUGCAGCGGCCGACGCUGUGCUGUUGUCGGAAAGUGCUGACGGUGCCCGGCAAGUCGUGCGAGAGCGGCCGCGGUCUGACGCACUGUCGCCCGGUGGACGUCGCGUCGGCGUCCAACUUCCACAGCUUUAAACUCCGACAUUUCCACUUGGACCUCCACCUAAACUUCGCCGUCAAACGGAUAACGGGAUGGCAGGUGCUGGAGCUCACGCCCGUCCAGCCCGGCGUUCAGUCUCUCGUUCUGGACACGCAUCCUUCGCUGUUAAUUCAUUCCGUGGACUGCAAGGUGCCCGGCGCGUCCGGCACUCCUGACGUGUUUAUCUCGCUCACGCACCGAGUGGAACCGUUUACGGAUUACGGAUCCUCCCUGAACAUCAGCCUCCCGGCAGCCGUGAUCCGGCCCCACCGGGCUUUCCGUGUCACCAUCCGCUUCACUACAACAGACGGCCCUGCGAUCUGGUGGUUGGAUGCAGAGCUGACGUGCGGACAGACUCGUCCGUUGGUCUUCACACAGGGUCAUUCUGUUUGCAAUCGGUCUUUUUUCCCUUGUUUUGACACGCCGGCUGUCAAAAGCACCUACUCUGCCACUGUCAGGGUACCAGAUGGUGUUACCGUGUUGAUGAGUGCCUCCAGAAGUGCGUACUCCAAACAGGACAGGGUUUUCCAGUUCUCCAUGGAAUAUCCUGUCCCGGCAUACUUAGUUGCCCUGGUGGCGGGAGACCUACAGCAUGCAGAUAUAGGGCCCAGGAGUCGUGUUUGGGCAGAACCCUGCAUCUUGACGUGUGCGGUCAGUAAGCUGGGUGGGAGCGUGGAGCGAUGGCUUAAUGUGGCCGAGGGGCUCUUCGGGCCUUAUGUAUGGGGAAGGUAUGACAUAGUGUUUCCUCCUUCCUUCCCCAUCGUUGCCAUGGAAAACCCCUGUCUCACCUUCAUCAUUUCCUCCAUACUGGAAAGUCAGGAGUUUUUGCUCAUUGAUGUCAUUCAUGAGAUCGCUCACGGCUGGUUUGGCAAUUCCGUCACCAAUGCCACAUGGGAAGAGAUGUGGCUCAGUGAGGGACUGGCAACUUACGCUCAAAGACGCAUUACAACAGAAGCUUAUGGGGAAGCUUUCACGUGUCUUGAGACUGUGUUCCGUCUAGAUGCUCUUCACAGACAGAUGCGUCUUCUGGGAGACAACAAUCCUGUCAGUAAACUGCAGGCCAAGUUUGAACCAGGUGUAAACCCCAGCAGUUUAAUGAAUCUGUUCACAUAUGAGAAAGGCUUCUGCUUUGUUUCGUACCUUUCACAGCUCUGCGGUGACAUCAAGAGAUUUGACACUUUCCUUAAGGCCUACGUAGAGAAGUUCAGGUUCAGCAGUGUUGUUGCUCAGGAUCUGCUGGACUUCUUUCUUGGCUUCUUUCCAGAGCUGAAGGAGAGCUGUGUCGCCCAGCGAGAAGGACUAGAAUUCGAGCGAUGGCUGAACGGCUGUGGUCCUCCGUUAUGUGAACCAGAUCUCUCGGCUGGUCGAGCUCUGACAGGCCCGGUCCAGCACCUGUGUGACCUCUGGGGCUCAGACCCCCCUGACCCCCAGGAGAUCGCAACGUAUGACCUUUCCUCGUGGAGCACAUUUCAGACCGUUCUCUUCCUGGAUCGACUUUUAGACCGGUCACCUCUGCCUCAAGAGGGGAUGAGUCUUUUGUCAACUUGCUACUCUGCGUUCUUGGACGGCAUGAACGCUGAAGUCCAGAUUCGAUGGCUGCAGAUUGUAGUGCGUAACAGCUUUUAUCCUGAUCUGCCACGGGUUCGCAGCUUCUUGCAUAAACACACCUCGCGAAUGUACACGGUGCCCCUCUAUGAGGAUUUGUGUUGCGGAGUAAUGAAGUGUUUUGCUGUGGAGGUGUUUUAUCAAACUCAGGGCCGUCUGCACCCUAAUCUACGCAGGACUCUUCAGCAGAUGAUGUUCCAAACCAGUGCCCUCAACACCAGCACAGCAUCCUUCUUCUCAUCUCCACCCUCUGUCACAUCAUCACCCACAGACCCAUCCGCCAACGGAACCAUCGCCCUGCGAGACGUCAAUGUGUCGGCUUGAGUUCAGAAUGUGAGUUACACUUCAGUAGAGAAUCAGAAGAGCAGGAACUGCACAGGAUUUGGCUGAGACUGGACCAUAGCAGUGCAUCACUGGUGUCCGGCACUCGCCCAUGAUCUCCAACACUGGGAUGUCUAUUUAAAACACUGAUUUUCAUAAGCUCAACAUUAAGCUGCUCAGGUGUGUGUAACAAAGCGGAGGACACAUGUCACGUAUCUCGUCUGUGAGGGUUAUUACACCGUUACCAAGUGUUGUGUGUGUGCACAUAUGGAUAGAGGUAUGUCAGUAUCAAGGAACACUGGCUGCCAUCUGUGGCCAUCAUCUUUGGUUGUGUGUGUGUGUGUGUUUAUUGUGUGUUGUGCAUAUGUUCCUCUGGAUUAUGCACUUAAUAUGUUUGCAUCCAUUGCAUUUGCUCAAGUUCCAUUGAGGAAUCAUGUAGAGGACCUAACAACAUCACAGACUUUUAUUUUGCUAGCUGUGCGUUCAAUAAAGCAGACGUGUUCUUUGGAGGACCAAUACAUUGCUAAUCCUCCUGCUGGACAGAGUUUGAGAACUAAAUCUUCUGAAUUGACUGCACAUAAAGCGUGUAAAUUGCCUGAUUCCACAAACCUUUUUUUUAAUGGCUGUUUUCCCUUAUUGUUUGAUUCUUGGUAACUGGAAUCAGGUCUUGCUCAAGUCUCUCUUUCCCGGUGCUAACCCCUCAGCAUUGAGUCUCAGGUAUAUCAAGACAGAAGAGGUGGAGCCGUGUUAGUGCCUUUCAAAGCUUUCGACACUGUGCGUGUUUUCAACACAGCCUGUAUUUAUGUUAUAAGAGCCAUAUGGGUGACAUUUGUGAUCAUAGCCCUGGGAAAUGUCCUGCUAUUUUCGGGAAUAGAGAGAAUUGUGAUGAGAUGAUAAUUGUUCCAGAAAAUGUGUUUCUGGUACUCCUUUUUAUUUUUGUAUAUAGUUUUGAGUUCACUUCAAUGAGCAAUGGUUGAGAAAGCAAGGAGUGAAGUCUGGAAAUAAAGCUGAAGGGGGUGGAUGUUCUGGGUGGAUUUACAGGUGGACGUGUCCAUGACUGUCAUUAGUGGCCUUAAUUAUACACACAGUGGUCAAAUUUUACAGAUAUUAAAUGACAUCAGGUGUGAAGUUUGUGCGUUUCUGAGGUUCUUAUGUCUAAUUUCACAUUUUAACAUUAGACCAUUCACCUCAAUUCCUUGAAGAAAUCAUGUGACUGACACUCAUCACUAAGUGAAAUAGUUUUGUUAACCUAUUGAGUUUGAGGGAUAAAUGUCUACGUGCAGUUUGACAAAUAAUAAAAAAGUUUUGUUUUCA